GCUUAGACUAUGUCCGCCGUAACGCAGCUUUGCCACUCCUGCUCGCAGCGUACAUGACCUGAACCUCCAACUCUGCCCUAAAGCCAUGGUGUGAUGACGGGCGCGCCCUUGUCGGUCAGCGCAGUUAAUUAACCCUCUUCGUAGCUACGUCCGUCUGCAUCCCUUCAUGUCGCGAGCUCAGGCAUUUGGAAGAUCAAUUGGCAGUAUGGUCAUUCCUGGAGCCUCUCUUGUCUUGCGUCUACUUCUCGCCGUGCUCCGCCUGCCGUUUCUCCUUCCGAUUCUCUCUUUCUUCGUCCUAUUCCGAAUCGCGUCCCACACUUGGUGCGCCGUAUACGAUUGCAAUGGUAUCUGGAAGCCUGCCUGGCCAGACUCGUGGUCCACCUGGGUCAUCUGUCUCGUCGUCGCAUCCAUCAAUACCGCCAUCUGGCUUCUCUGGCUCCUCGGGCGGGAAGGGAUAAUACUGGGUUACGAUAGAUGGCGACGAGGGCAGAAGUAUAGGCGUGGACAUGCCAGGCCACAGAAUGGGAGCCCAAGACGGUCGCAGGAUGAGGAUGAGUACAUGCUGCUUCCCGAGACGGACCACGAUGACGAGCGUCGUCGGUCGGCUUCCGCGGUGUCUCCGAACAGCGAGUGGAGAGAGACGCGCAUGCCGAGCCUCCGCACAGUCUUCUGGUGGACGCAGGCGGUUCUAUACGCAUCCAUUGUCCUCGUUGGUUCAUGGGAGGCGCUGCAUUACGAGCAUCCAAACGACAUCCGAUUCCGUCCAGAACUGCGGCGCGCCCUAGCGGAUCCACAACGCAACCCUGCAGGGUACGCGAAAGGCGAGAAAAUAUUUAUUGCCGCUGCUUUCUACGACAAUGAACAGGUGCUUCCGUAUUGGAUGCAGACAAUGUUGUCCGUGAUCACCUACCUGGGCACACAGAACGUCUUCGUGUCGAUCGUCGAGUCAAACUCACACGACAAGACGCCAGAGCUGCUGCGUGGCUUCGCGGCGACGCUCGCUGAGCGUGGUGUCGCUCAGCGCAUCCUCGUGCACGAUGAUGCGGUCGAGAAGCCGGACGACAUGUCGUUCAACAACCGGAUCAACUUCCUCGCGGCUGUGCGCAACCGCGCCAUGGAGCCGCUUGUGGAGGACGGAGGAUACGACCGCGUGCUGUUCUCAAACGACGUGUACGUCGAGCCGGAGAGCGUCAUCGAGUUGCUCGAGACGCGGAACGGCACGUACGACAUGGUGUGCGGGAUGGACUUUAAUCAUUUUGGGGCAUAUGAUGCUUGGGUUCUGCGAGAUCGACUGGGACAUUUGACGAGCACAAUUUGGCCAUACUUCAUCGAUGCACCGUCGAUCCAGCAGAUGCGCGAGGAUCUGCCCGUGCCCGCGUUCACGUGCUGGAACGGCAUCGUCGUCUUCAACGCCGAGCCACUCCUGCCCAUCGCACUGCGUCCCAACCGGACGCUCUCCCCGCUUGCACUGUCAUCGCCGCUGCCUCGCACCCAUCCUGCGGCGCGCAAUCCGGACCUGCGUGGCCCAUCGCCCGCGCUGACCCCGCCGCUGCGCUUCCGGUCAGCCGAUCGCGGCGCGGGCGAGUGCUUCUCGAGCGAGUCGUUCCUGCUCCCGUACGACAUGCGCAGGCUGUUCGGGCUCGACCGGAUCUACGUCAACCCGCGGGUCGUGACGAGCUAUCAGUGGAAGUUCUACGUGUGGUACAAGUGGGUGCUGAGCCACCGGCUGGUGCGAUGGUGGGUGAGGGAAGUGUACGAUGGCUGGCGGAUGGAGCGAAAAAAGAUGAUUGUGGGUGACGAGGCUAGCGUCUGGGUUUGGAACGGGGGCGAUUGUCAUCCAUGGUGGUAAUUUGGACUUGUGCUAUUUAUUUUUCUGACUUCGCACGUACUCUGCAAGUACCUUCACGUGAUCUGAUAUUCUGAGCAAUCUCGUCAAUCGUAGAACAAUGGUCGGAUACAUUUCCUCAGCAUAUAGGUGACAACCGUGUAUUACACGCAAACCAGACAUGUGCUCGCGAUAUGCGCUCAUUCAGAGAAGUGCACUUUGAUCCCGCGGUCUUUUUGCCUUCGAUUGCUUGCCGAGAGCUGGUUGUGAAC